AUGGCUCACCUAAGAGAACUUGGCAAAACUGGUGUAUUGGUGUCUUCUAUUGGACUUGGCUGCAUGGGAAUGAGCGAAUUCUAUGGCCCUACAAACGAUGAAGAGAAUAUAAAGACACUUGAGCGUUCGAUCGAAAUAGGGUAUUUACAUAAGCAUAAUAUAUAUUUAUUUAUUGAAACCUAUUUGUGUUCUCACAAUGAGCGUCUACUAUCUGGAGUAUUAAAGACCCAGAGAGACAAGGUCUUCUUGGCUACAAAGUUUGGUUUCAUUCGCACUGAAGAUGGAACAAUGACUGGUAUAAGUGGCAAGCCUGAAUACGUCCGCGAAGCAUUCAAUAAGAGUCAAGAAAGACUUGGUGUUGAUGUAGUCGAUCUGUAUUACCAACAUCGCGUCGAUCCUAAUACUCCUAUUGAAGAUACUGUCAAAGCAAUGGCUGAACUUGUCAAGGAAGGACGUGUUCGUUUCAUUGGUCUGUCCGAGUGCUCUGCAGAAACUCUUCGUCGUGCCCACAAGGUGCACCCAAUUGCUGCUGUUCAAAUCGAAUAUUCUCCAUGGUCUCUAGAUAUCGAGACCAACGGCUUGCUUGAUGCUGCUCGUGAGUUAGGUGUUUCUAUCGUGGUCUAUUCUCCUCUUGGUCGCGGUUUCUUGACUGGUGCCUACAAAAGUGUUGAUGAUCUUGAUGUAGCUGAUGUAAGACGCUAUAUGCCUCGCUUUUACCCUGAGAACUUUGGCAAGAACCUUGAACUUGUCGAUGGAAUUACUGCGCUUGCUACCAAGAAGGGUGUCACUCCAAGUCAAUAUGUUCUGGCAUGGAUCCUUGCUCAAGGACCUGAAUUUAUCGUGAUUCCUGGUACUAGAAGAGUAAAGUAUCUUGAAGAAAACGUCAAGGCCGCAGACAUUGUCUUGUCAAAAGAAGAGGUGGCUGAGAUGAGACGUUUGAUUGAUAAAGCUGAUACUGCAGGACCACGUUAUCUUCCUGAACACCUUGCAUCUGUAAAUAUUUAG